UAACAGUGUUAUACGUUGAAGCUGCUUCCCAAAGGAAAAGUCAAGAGCAAAACCAAGAAAAGAAACAACUACAACUCAAGCAAGGCUUUCUAAAAUAAAAGGGCUGCCCUUUAUUUAAAAAAUAAACCACAACAAAAGGAUGGCUGGUCCCUCUGCAUCUGGGCCACCCAUUCCGAAGACGGCCAUCUUGAUUGAUCUGUGGCACUUAGGGCCAGACGUUUCCACUUCAGAGUUCACUAUAUUAGUAUUCGAUAUAGCCAAAGUCAUGCCUAAGAAAGGUCUCAAAGAGUCCAAGGGGUAUUUCAUGUGCUGCCGGACCUCCGACUGUGAAAAGAAUGAUAAGGACCUUGAGGCAACCUUAAAAAAGGUAGGGGACGUGGCGGCUGCCGAAACGUAUGUUGAGGCCUUAUACACCAUGAAGCAGAAGCUGGACGAAAAGGGUGAGGAAAAGAUCGUCCUCCUGUUGUCCGGACAGAGAAAAUCCUUAGUGAGGAAGCAUAUUGACCAGCUCUUCACCGGAUUUUAUCAGUUUGAGUUGAUAGAGCUUCCCCUGAGCGUCAAAGAACAGCGCUUGAAGAAGUCCUUGGAAUCACGGAGCAAAAUCCGACCGCGCUUAGAUCCCGAGGCGGAGAGGAUGAUCCCGAAGGAAAUAAACCAGUUUUUGGAACGCCUUCCCAGCUUGAAAGGAAACCUCACGAUCCUCAAAUCUUCACUGAUCCCAGAACAUGUUUUCCUGCAUGGAUUCACAACAAGAACAGGAGGCAUCUCGUAUGUACCAACGAUGAGCUCUUUAAAUCUCUUUAGCAGUUCUAAACGGCGGGAUCCACCGGCCGUGGUUAAAGAAAACCUUCGAAGAUUGUCCCAGGCUGCUGGAUUCAACCCGGAUAUGUAUCACAGCAUGAAGGUCAACCACGCCAAUGACGUCUGGGUGAUGGGAAGACCCCAACCCAAGAGCUACGACGGAAUCGUAACUGACCAAAGAGGAGUGACCGUCGCAGCCCCCGGAGCAGACUGCAUUCCUCUUCUGUUUGCUGACCCGGUCAGAAAAGUUUGUGGAGCUGCCCAUUCAGGCUGGCAAGGCACCCUGCUCGGGGUUUCUAUGGCUGUAGUUACUGCUAUGGUAACGGAAUACGGUUGUAAGGUAAAGGAUAUCCUCGUAGUUCUUGGACCGUCUGUUGGGCCCUGUUGCUUUACGUUACCCAAGGAAUCGGCAAGAGACUUUUACAAGAUUGAUCCGACCUGCGUGAGAUGUUUUGAGUCACCCAAUCCGUACGUCGAUAUCCGGAGAGCAACACGACUUCUCCUAGAAGCUGGAGGGGUCCUACCGGUGAACAUUCAGGACGACUCCAUCACAGACCCAGAACAAAACAUUACUCUUUGUACAUCGUGUUAUCCCGACAAGUUCUUCUCGCACGUUCGAGAUGGAGAAAAUUUUGGGACCCAGAUUGGCUUCAUAUCUAUUCAAAGCUAAAAACUAUAUCC